UUUAUUUUGCAUUUUUUACAGUCGCAUAAUAAAUUGAGCACUGUUCGGGUUUCCCGAAAAAAACGAAAGCAUUAUUUUGUUUUUUUCUUCUUAAAGAACGUUGACACAGUUUUCGUGUAAACAACAAUAGGUUUAAGUCUGAGUUGAUUAAGUAGGGAUGAGUUUCUUUGGUUCUUCAACAAGCACAUUCGGCACAUCCAGCACCACCGGCAUGUUUGGGACGGCCACAAAUACAAACUACAAUGCUAUGAAAGAUAUUGAGGUGACCUCCCCACCAGAUGACAGUGUGAGCUGCCUGAAGUUCAGCCCAGAGUCCAUGAUGCAGUCUACAUACCUUGUUGGAGGCAGCUGGGAUAAUAAUGUUCGCUGUUGGGAGGUACAACAGUCUGGUAACAUUGUCUUGAAGGCACAGCAGACCCAUACUGGGCCAGUCCUCGCAGCUGACUGGAGUGAUGAUGGAACCAAGGUGUUCACGGCGUCGUGUGACAAGACAGCCAAGAUGUGGGACCUGAACAGUAACCAGUUCAUUCAGAUAGCACAGCAUGAUGCCCCCGUAAAGACCAUCCAAUGGGUAAAAGCUCCAAACUACUCGUGCGUUAUGACCGGUAGCUGGGAUAAAACUCUCAAGUUUUGGGAUACACGACAAGCACAACCAAUCAUGAGCAUUCAGCUUCCGGAGAGGUGUUAUUGUGCCGAUGUAAAAUACCCAAUGGCAGUCGUGGGUACAGCGGGCCGUGGUCUGAUCAUCUACCAGCUGGAGAACCAGCCGCAAGAGUUCCGGAAGUUUGAGUCUCCGCUGAAAUACCAGCACCGCUGUGUGAAUAUCUUCAUGGACAAGAAGACUAAUCAGCCAACAGGUUUUGCGCUGGGCAGUAUCGAGGGUCGCGUGGCUAUACACUACGUCAACCCGACCAAUCCUAAGGAUAACUUCACGUUUAAGUGCCAUCGAGCUAAUGGAACAUCUAGCAAUAUGCAGGAUAUAUAUGCUGUCAAUGACAUCUCAUUCCAUCCGGUCCACGGAACCCUGGCCACUGUGGGCUCUGACGGGCGGUUCAGCUUCUGGGAUAAAGAUGCCCGCAUCAAGUUGAAGACCUCGGAACAGUUUGACCAGCCCCUAACUGCCUGUAACUUCAACCCCCAGGGCAACAUCUUCGCUUAUGCCACAAGUUAUGACUGGUCUAAGGGUCAUGAAGGAUUUGAUCCCCAGAAAAUGAAGCCUCACAUUUUCCUACGCAGAUGUUUUGACGAGCUCAAGCCGUCAACAAAGAAGUCUUAACCUUCAUAAUGAAGCAUUGAAAUUUUGUAACUUUUAGCAGUUGACCUGAACAGCGCUUAUUUUUAGUCUUGUUCUGGUUAUGAUAAAAUCAAAUCGAUCAAAUUUUAACGUAGCUUUCGUGAUACAAUCAUCGCUCCAUGGACAUUUGUGUAACAGUAUUCAGUGGAUGUGUACUGUGUUUUAGUAACUGCAUGUGUCAACACAAGCUCAUACAACUUUUAUAUGCAUGAGGCCAUACCAAAUAGAUUACAUGUUUAGUGUCAGGUCCCAUUUUCAAAAUAUACAUACAAAGCGAUACACCACAGAAAACACAAAUCUGAUUCUAUUUAAAACAAAUGUAUAUAGGAAUGCUCAUAAUAGCAUAGUUUACCAAUGAAAUAUCAUACAGAUUUUUUUUAUACCUUUGAAGGUUCAAACAGCUAGAAUUUGAACUCAUUUUUGUUGAAUGAUUUAUUCCUGAAAUCUGUGUUUUUUUAAUUAUCAAUCUCUAGAAAUUCAGUUUUCUUUGUUUUGAUAUCCAUUUUAUCCAAAAUUAUUUUAUCAUUCCGAAGGAUGAAAACCUUUCUGCCCUAUAACGCUUAACAUAGAAUGAAUUUGGUAGAGCCUUACCUAGCUUGAGUCAGUGAACAUGAUUAUUGUAAUAAUACUGAAGUGUUAUAACUUUGACUGUGUGUGCAUGAGAUGAUUUUGCAAGAGCCGAAAGGUACAUGUUAGUAAACUGGUCAAAAGGCAGACGUUCUUGUUACUUGUGUUAUAUUUUAUCAUUUAACAUUUAUUGCAUCAAGUGUUAAACAACCAUUACAUAUUUUCUUGUAAAGGACUUGUGUAAUAUCAUUACUGGUACGCCACAUUUUGCGCUACUGUUCCACAUUAUGUCAAGCAUUGUACAGAAAAAUUCAUUGAUGUCUUCAUUUUUGGUGAUAAAAAUGUGUCAUUUGAUAAAAAAGAAUCCAACAUUAGUAGCCAAAUAAAAUAACAUUUUAUGAAACUUU